GUCAUUCCACAUGCAGAGAAUGAUUUUAAAAUUUGAUCUGAAGUGGAUUGUUGGCUUCGAGUUUGUAGCACCAGUACAGUAGUCUCUCGCUAAAUUACUACUAUACUAGCUUGGACAGUGCCUGCUAAGGCCUAUAGGGACACGGUACUAAAAUUGAAUCUUGUGUGAAUGUCAAGCUCUCUUCGCAGCACAAAAUUUCCUCAAGAUGAGCUGGACGGUGACGAAUGUGCCCAUCCAUUUCAUUUACUUUGGAGACAGACAGGUGCUCGGUGCAUACAUCACAAUCACCAGUGCUGCUACAGCCAUGACACAGGUGUUCACGAAUCGAUGAUCAGAAACAGCUGGAGAGUGUUUGACAAGCAACAUGUCAUAAUCCUGGAAGAUGGCAGGCUGGAGCAUGGAGGUAUGCAGUCACACAGCCUGUGAUGGCAUCGCGCGAUGUCAAGCAGCUCAGAGUGCUGUCUCAUCUUUGUGACGCAUCCCUACAAGAGAAGUACCACUACUAGGCUCCAUUUGAUGGACUAGUAGUAACGUUCUCGUGACCAGCCAGGAUUAAAUCUGCUGACAAUGCAUGGCAUACAUUUGCCAUGUGUACCUGGUGUACACAGCUCCUUACAGCUGUGGAAACUGUCACCAGUUGGCAGCAGCUUGCCUAUGUCUACGGUUGAAAGUCCUGUACGGCUAGGAGAACGACAGGUCAACACGCCUAGCGGGACCAGGCAGGGAUUCUGUAACAUAGAACAGCCUGUAGACAAUGACCAGCAGUAGUACUGAACCCGGACUUGCUACCGGCAAUAAAGGCAGCAAAGAUGAUGAGCUCAACGAUCAGUUGAGGAUUGGCAAGCUGCCAUGGUAUAUUCAUGUUCUCAGACUCACAGUUACGUGUGUAGUCAUCCCUGGCGUUCUGGCAAGUGCCGGUGCUAUUGUGGAGGCGAUCGUCUAUGGCACACUGAACAAGGCACAUUUCAAUGAAAAGUAUGCGCUGUACUCGAGCCUGAUUGCCAUUCCCCUCAUACUGGUGCGCUGGUACUGGCAAUGGCCGAAACACCUGCUCAAGCUAGAGUUUGCUUACUAUGUGAUAAUCACCACUGGCUUUGUGGCUGCAGUAUAUUCCGUGACUAUUGCCGGACCAGAGGUAUAUCGCACUGGGGAGCAUAUUCGCAAAGUGUUUGGUGGUCCCGACAAUGCCAGGUACUCUGAUAUAUCGACUGCGGAGGAUAUUCACAACUGGUUAUCAGCGACAAUGGAUUUUACAUUCCAUGACAACUUGGAGGUAUCUUUUGGUUCCCGGGAACUGCCUGGAAGAAUGGCCUUAUUAUCUUCUAUGCGAGUAAUGCAGUUCCGUAGUCCUGUGAAAGAAUGUUCCAAAUACAUCAAGAGCCUCUUAAUUGCAGGGGCAUCUCAGUGCUACGAAUCACGAAGCCAGUCAAGCCGGCAGGACACCAAACCCUUCUCCAGUCUCAACUACAGCUAUGUUAACCCAUCGUAUGUGUCCUUGUCGCUAGAGAGAAUCUAUGCAAGUGAUCUUGUCCUGCACGGUCAAGAGUACAGCUAUCCACUGGCAGGACACUGGGUCAUGUUCGAUCUAAACUUCUCCAGACGACGGGUACUGACAAUGCUGAGUGCCAUGAGAAACCCAGACCAUCCCUGGAUUGAUUAUCAGACAGCCAUGGUUGCCUUGACAUUUGAGGUUCUCAUAACUGAUUCUCCAAAGACCCUUUUCUGUGUAGUGACAUUUGUCAUUGAGAGAACUACCAGUGGUCUGUUCGUACCCAGCCCACCCUACAUCGGCAUGAACAAUUUGAACGACGUGGAGAUCGGCGAUUUCCGGACUGAUCUUCCUCCUGGCAAAUGCAUCCCUGUGGCCACACACAAGGACUUUUUCACACUGCUCUAUCUCAUUGUUCUACCCGGUGUGCUGUAUACCAUGUUUCGGCAUGUUCUGCGAGCGCACUACAACUUGUCCAAGUACCUGCUGCACCCGUUCACCUACUCUGAAAUCGGCUGGGCCAUCUGUGUGCUUCUAUCAAUGAUCUUCCGCUGGCGUGCUGUGGCAUUUGAGCAUUGUGAUAUUGCUGAAGUUCCCCAAGAUAUCUAUGGAAGCAAUGAGACAGAAAUGGUCAUACUGUUUGAGUCACUGGGUUCGGCUGACUCCUGGUUUGAGUCACGUCGUGUUCUGGGAAUGGCAGUGUUCCUGCAUCUCUUCACGGCGCUCAAGUUUGUUGUACAAUUACCAGCGUUAAGUGGUCUGAUCCGUACACUACAGCUAGCUGGUCGUGAACUCACUUCUUUCUCUCUGUCAUUUGCAAUCGUCUUCACUUCGUUCGUGUCCAUGUUUUACAUUGUCUUCAGUAUCGAAGCUCCACAGUACCAGUCAAUUGCUCACUGCAUUGGCACAUUGUGGCUUGGAAUGCUCGGUGAGUUUGAGAUCUCGCCGGAGCUGUGGCGUGUGAAGGCUUGGACGCUACCCGUCGUCAUCGUAUUUACAUUCAUUUCCGUGUUUGUGCUGCUGACUGUGAUCGUGGCCAUCAUCAGCGACGCACAUGAGCGAGCUCGCCUCGAGAAGGAGAAGGCGCAGGCGCAGAGACAACGAAUUUCCGACAUGCUGUCCAACUGGAAGCAGCGGAGGUCACGCGCCGCCAGUGCAAGAGCCUCUAUGCCCAGCCGUCAUGGCGGUCGGGCGAAUUCUCUGUUUAGACGCCUCUCAAUGACACCACUACUGUCCAGGAGCAGUAAAGCCAGCAGCACGCAUAGCUCUAGUAGCUCUAGUAGCAUUGGCCUUCCCGCUAAAGAUUCUCCUCGCGACUUUGCAGGAGUGGUGAAGUCGACCAUGCUGAGGCCACCACCUCAAGGACAGGAAAGAAUUGCAGAGGAAGAGAGCAGAGGCAGCCAAGAGAACCUAGAAGGCGAAGCGUCUUCAUAUGACAUCUUGCCAGCAAUCACUGUACGCCGCGUCAAAGCCAGUAGUGAGACUGGAUCUGCAGUUGGAUCAACCUCUAGCCUCCUCCGUAAUGGCGGCGCUUCUGAUGCACGAAGCUCGAAUGAAAGCAGCCAUUCCCGUACCAAUCUCACGGCGGUCUCGUCAACCGAGUUGGAUGCAGGUGAGACGCACACUGAACCCAAACCCUCCUUUCUCAAGGAUCUGUAUAACGGUGCCACGCGUAGAAAACGCAAAGUCAUGCCUGCCUCUGAGCCCCUGCCUCCCAUACAGACAGGAGGCUACAAGAAAAGUAGUGACGGUGCGACAUUGAGCGCUUUCACCACUACCCAGACACAUGUGCAGAGGAGUGACCAUGACCUGGAAAAGGGGGAAAGUCCCUGAUUAAAUUAAGGCAGUGGAACCUGUAUGUACUGCUGCAUUAUUUCUGUCAAAUUAUCAGUUUUAUCAGUAUUAUUGUUGCAAUGAUUAAAAAACACCAAGUCUUGAGUAAGUCUUUGUAGAGUGUGUACAGACAAUUCAUCCAUAUUUAGACAAUUCAUCCACUUUCAGGUGAGCAAAUCCCAAGCUAGCAUGCUUCACAAUUUUGUUCUACAAUCACGGUUUCCAAUUAAUUGCCUUCGCAUUCUGACUUCACGCCCCCUGUAUGUUGUGCUUGAUUGCUUUGAGUCGUAGACCCACCAGUUGCUUUGUGAUCACGUCCAAUGUAUACACAUCAUGUAUGUGCUUUGCCCGCUACUUCUGGUAGUUUGAGCACUCUCAGCGCUGGUACAUCGAGCUGUCCUAAUGUCUGUGGUUCUCGUAGCCAUGGCUGACAGUUCAAUCCUAUUUUAAGCUCGGAGUUGCACUGAUGAGGCCUCAUUGGCCAAAACAGUCUGGCUGUGUGCAUCAUGUACAUGUACAUGUAUGUGCAAAAUAUUACUUUCCUCUUCUUAGA